GAAAAGCAGCUGACUGAAAGAGGAGAUGAUGGAGAAAGGACAAGUGCAAGGCUUAUGCAGCUUCAUCAUGCAGGCCCUUCUGCUGCUCCUAGCUAUCAACCAAGCAAAUGCUAAAGGCUACUUUGCAUCAGUACCUACUACUCCAUGCCAGGCACCUUUGCAGUGGGAGGGCAGGACAGUAGUGUACGAUCAUAACACUGGUAAAAACACCAGGGCCACUGUCACUUAUGAUGCCCAAAUGCAACGAAUCCGGAUCUUGGAAGAAAGAAAGAGCUUGGUGCCCUGCAAAAGGUUCUUUGAAUACAUCUAUCUAUACAAAGAUGCUGUGAUGUUCCAGAUUGAGCAAGUUACAAAAAUCUGUGUUAAAACAUCUCUAACUGCAGCAUGGGAUCCAUUUGAUAUACCAGACAAUUCAACUUAUGAAGAUCAGUACUAUAUUGGAGGACCUGGUGAUCAGAUAAUGGUCCAGGAGUGGUCUGACAGAAAGCCUGCCAGAAAAUCUGAAACCUGGGUUGGAGUAUACACUGACAAGGAUUGCUAUCCUGUACAAGAAACCUACACUAGGAAUGACAGCAUGACUACUUCAACACGUUUCUUUGACUUACAGCUAGGCAUAAAAGAUCCAUCUGUAUUUAACCCUCCAGGAAGUUGCCUGACAGCACAGCAAGAGUUAAUGGCAGAUGGCUGCGGAUAUUUCUAGAUUUCACAUGUCUCCUUUUUACUGAUAUAGCAUGCUUUAGAAAACAAUGUUGAAAUCUAGAAGGCAUUGAUUAAAACAAUACGAGCAAAAGUUGACAUCAUAACUAUUAUUGAUAAAGAAGCAGAAACCUCAUAUCUGCGGCAAGUGUAAUGGAUUUCCCUUGUGCAAAAUUGCUGGAUGCUGAUUUUCCAUGUAAUAAUUAACUACAUCAUAGUCUUAGAACUGCAUAACUGUAGAACUUAGAGCUGUAUUUAACAUGCGUGAUACAGGAAGUAAUAUAACAUGUUUGCACACUUAUAACAGCCUUAAUCCACACAGUUGAACUGUAUAAAAUAUUGCACUAAUAACAUUUAUAUUCAGGGUUUGCACAGAAGACAGUGGCACAACAUAAUGACAGUAUGCAUUCUUAAGGUUGCACACUUUCUUGCACUAGUGUGAAAAUAGCCUUUCUUGCAAGCUAAGGUAUAUGCCGGGGGACUUCCGGCAUACAUCAUACAUAGGGGUUCAUUAAAAAUAAAAUAAAAUAAAUAAGGUGCAUGGUA